CAAAAAUUCAGAAGAAUUUAAUUUUGCUUGAUGGCAGGUUAAACUUCAUACCGACAUAUCUGCUGAAAAAAAAUUUAAAUUGUUGUGUCCUUUUUAAUUGAUGUUAUUUUAUACGUUUUAAUUUGUUUAAUUAUAAAACAAGGACAAAGAUGCGUUAUUCACCUGCAAGAUGUACAUCUAAUCCUCAAGAAGAAGCCCUACUUUUGUUUUGCAAACAAAUGCUUAGGUCAAAAUUGUUUACUGGAGUUUACAAAGAGAGAUGUUACAUAGACGCUGUAAAUGAUUACAGAGACCAAAUUAUUAUAAAUCGUAACGAAAAAGAUCUCAAAGCCAUUCUCGAAGAUAUCGAAACGAGGCUUCGACAAUUCUAUGCAACUAAAUCAUCUCCGAUGUGGAUUGGAAUUAGUAGCACGUAUUCUAGUUCUUCCGCAGCUGGUACUGCGGCAGACACUUGUAUAUGGGUUGAGCUCGAUGAAUUAGCAUUUGAUCAAUAUUGGUUUAGUAUAAAAUCAGUAAGAAUGAGGGAAAACGAAAUUAUUAUUAAAUUAAAACCCAUUCGUCCCGUUGAGGUAGAGUCUGUAGAAGUGGGUUCUUCUUAUUCCAAAUCGCCUGAAGAACUGGGAAAACCAAUCGAUUCCAUAGGAGUACAAGAUUUUAUACAACUCAUCAUGGGUUGGGGAACGAGUACCAAAAGAAUAAUUUACGAGUUUAUGUCAAAUGAUAUAUCCAAAGAAAAUCUUGCAGCCGUAAUUAAGUUCUUGAUUCUCAUUUCCAUUUCAUUGUUAUCAUUUUCAAUAGAAGCUAUACGAUUCUUAGGAAUUUUUUCAAUUCGUUUUAUGAUGGAAUUCCGUAGGAUUUUAGCCGUUUCAACCCCAAUUAUGCUUCGUAUAAUUGAUUUAUGUGGUAAAAUUGUUGGUGGCUUCUAUAUUUUAAUAGCUAUGAUAUGGCGAGAUGUUAAAAAAGGUGGAGUUCCGCCACAACAGUUAGAACAGCGUAAAGCUAUCGCAUAUGAUCGUCCAAUGUACCAACGAAUUAAAGUAGACAAAAUGUCACAGCAAAGUUUAUUAUAUCUAAAAUAAUGUUCAUAUUAUGUUAACACGUACACAAAAAAAGGUUUUGUUAGAAUUUAGAAAUUUAUUAAUUAUAUAAAAAAGUCACAUUAUGUUUGCAGCAGUUAUGUAAAACUGGGAAGUACUUUUGAGUAUUUAUUUUUUCUAAAAAUUAUACAUACAUAGUUUAAGUUAAUUAAUUGACAAAUAAACGUAGUAUAUAAGAA